CUAGGAUCUUAAAGUUGGAGGGCCCCGCUUAGCUGAGGACUUUUCUUGGAUCUUAAUGGAACACCUAUCGAGAGACGAGCAGUUCACAAUUGACAGUUGGGCCGCGAAGAAAGGCAGUGACCACUUUGCAUGCCAAAUCAGAAAAUGUUAAAGCUCAGGGAGCGGAAUGCAAACUGCGCCUGAAUUAGGAUCGAAGUGCAAACUGCGCUCGAAAUUGGAAUGGAACAAUAUCUGAAGGAUUUCCGUUUCUGUACGAAGAAACCGCUGCUGAAUUAAGGAUUUAUUACCAAAAUAGCUCUCUCUCGGGUUGCUCACUAAAUAACUGUACACCACAGGUGACCCGAUUUUCCUCUUUUGCAUAUUGUUGAUUUCUGUGAUUUUGAUCUGUCCGGAUUCCGAGACGGCUUCAAGUUCUGUAUUCAAUUGCUGAUUGAAGCUGCAGAGUAAUGCCUUGAUUUCCGAGUUUUUCAUCUGCUGAAGAUACAGUGCAUUCAGUUCAAAUUGAACGUGCUGCUGAAAUCUGGAGCGACCUGGUGCGGCGUAGCUUAGUUUGUGCAUUAUUGAAGUUGAUUUGAUUUUAGAAUAUGGGUUUGUUAGUCACUGCGCAUUGAGAUCGCGGCUUUAAAGAGUUACGGUGAAUUAAAUCUCAGUAAUGGCCUUUUUGUGCCUCCUUUAGAGCAUUCAAGGUUGAGGCUAAGAUUGUACAGUUAAAUCUUCUCUGUAACAAAUCCAUCUUGAGAACAGGAUUGCACAUGAUCUUUUUUGAAAUCAGUAAUUCGAAGUCUUGUUUCAAGUUUAAACAGUUUCUUAGUGGUACUUCCUUUGAAGUUUGAAGUAGUGUUUGUUAGUGGAUAGGUCAGAAUUUCAGUAUUGUGAAAUCUUGUGUGUCUUAGUUAAUGAAGGGGUAUUUGAAGGAAGAAAAAUGAAGGAUGAUACAUUGUGGUCGGAGGUAAAAUGACUGGGGUGUCAUUGGGUGUUCGUACUGGGAGCUAUGGAUCAUUGCAGCAGGCACAAAAUGAGAUGUUGCAUACUCAAAAUUUUUUCAUUCUGCGCAAGACUCCGAAGAUGUCACUUUCUGGUUCCAGAGAGAAAGAGAGGUUCCUUCCAUACAUUUGUAGAAUUUUACUCCGAAGGCAGGUGGGGAUGCUAAUUUUGGUCACUUUUGCACUUUUGGUUUUUACAACAGGAUUCUUAACAGUAAACAAAGAGCAUGUAUCUGGAAGCUCAUCUUUGGAUUUUGAAGAAGGAUUUUGGAGUAGCACAUAUUAUGUAUCUUCACUCUUGAACAAAAAGGUUGCUUCUUGUGGUGCAAAUAAGGACCACAUGCUUUCUCCCAAUACCUCUGUCAAGAUGCUUUCUAUUGACAAUGCGGCUGCCAUGCCCCACCCUUGCAGAAACUUUGCAUUUCCUCCCCCCCCUCCGGGUGAGAGGAGGCGGAUUGGGCCACGCCCAUGCCCUGUAUGCUAUCUCCCCGUGGACCAGGCUAUUGCUAGAAUGCCCAGAACCCCUUCACCAUCAUCUGUUCUCAAUCAUCUAACUUAUUAUCGUGAAAUUAAUCCCACAAAGACUUAUUCUCGCGGAGGUUCAGACUUUGGUGGGUAUCCUUCUUUGAUGCAGAGGAACGAAUCUUUUGACAUAAAAGAAUCGAUGACGGUACACUGUGGAUUUGCCAAAGGAUGUAAACCUGGAGAUCAAACUGGGUUUGAUAUUGAUGCUUCCGAUCUAAGGGAGAUGGAGGAGUUCCAUGAAGUCAUUGUUGCAUCAGCCAUAUUUGGGAACUAUGAUGUGAUUCAACAACCAAGGAAUGUCAGUUCCUUUGCAAGAGAACAUGUUCCCUUCUAUAUGUUUGUUGAUGAAGAGACAGAAACAUCCUUAAGGAAUUCUAGUCAUUUAUAUCACAACAACCGGGUCGGACUGUGGAGGAUAAUUCGUGUUCACAAUGUGCCUUACAACGAUGCAAGACGCAAUGGGAAGGUGCCCAAACUUUUGCUGCACAGGCUCUUUCCAAAUGUCCGAUAUUCAAUUUGGAUCGACGGAAAGCUUCAGCUUGUAGCAGAUCCAUACCAAAUUCUUGAGAGGUUUUUGUGGAGGGAGAAUGCUACUUUUUCCAUUUCACGGCAUUAUAGACGCUUUGAUGUAUUUGAAGAAGCUGAAGCUAAUAAAGCUGCAGGAAAGUACAAUAAUGAAUCCAUUGAUCAACAGAUUGGCUUUUAUAAGAAAGAGGGUCUAACACAUUAUUCUGAGGCUAAGCUUCCUAUAACAAGUGAUGUUCCUGAGGGUUGUGUAAUCAUAAGGGAGCACAUUCCCAUAACAAAUCUGUUCACUUGUUUGUGGUUCAAUGAGGUUGAUAGAUUUACCUCCAGGGACCAGUUGAGCUUUGCCAUAGUAAGGGAUAGAGUGAUGUCCAAAACAAAUUGGACAGUCAAUAUGUUUUUAGAUUGCGAAAGGCGGAAUUUUGUGAUACAGGCGUAUCACAGAGAUCUACUUGAGCAAAGGGCUCAAGAAGCCACUGUAAGAGUUCAUUCUCCUCCUCCACCACCAAGUUUGGUUAGUGAUGGGGUCACAGUAGCUGUCAGAUCUCCAGUAAGGAAAAGUGUCAAGCGUGGGAAGAAGGCUGGCUCUAGGCGGCAUAGGAAAAUCGGAGCUGGGCAUAGGGACCAUACAUAAUUUUUUUUUAAUUUCUUAUUUUUUUAUUUUUUUGGAUGCAAAGUCAAAUCUUUGGUCUGUUCUCAUUUUCUUUUGAUGUCCAUAUAUUGAGCAGACAGGAAGGAACCAUUUUAUAGGGUAUUUCUUACACGGGAAAAAGACUUGAUAGUACUAGUUUUGCUCUAUAAUGUGUAUCAUUUUGUUUACACUGUAGAUACCAAUGGCAAUAAAACUGUUCACAGUUUUUUCAUAUUGCAAAUGAAUCA